UUCCCACUAACUUAACUCUCCAACAAAUUGUACGACAUUCAAACGUCAGUUUGUGCGGUCAGAGAGUUAUUGUUUACACGUCACUUUCGACUUGGGUUUUCAAUGUUUUUUUGCUUUUAACUGAUUAGUUAUUAAUUAUGAGUGCUCUAUUCAACUUUCAAAGUUUGCUGUCGGUGAUUCUACUACUGAUAUGCACCUGUGCGUAUUUGAGAUCCAUCUUCCCUGGUUUCAUUGACCGCAACAAGACCGGAAUGAUGGGCACAUUUUGGAAGCUAGCACGUAUAGGAGAACGAAAAUCACCGUACGUGGCUGUAUGUUGUUUAUUCAUGGCUGCAACAGUACUAUUUUGGUCGUAGCUUUAAGUUAAGGAUUGAGCGAAAGCUUUCAGUGUGAUUUAAAAUAUUGCUUGCAUUGUACUGGUGGGUGUAAUUGGCAAAAAAGAAGAAGUUUUCGCGAAAUAAAUGCAAUUCUAAUUUUGUAAUUG